AUGGCAGAGCCAAUGAGAGGUGUGGCCUUUGAGGUACCUUCUCAUCUUAAACUGUACCCUGCUUCCUCUGCACAGAUUGAGGAGGGGGAUGCUCACAUGAACGCACCUGUCAUAACGCCUUCAUCUUCCACUGAAAGUGUGAACAAGGUUCCUGUGGUGAAGGCCAAGGCCACUCAUAUCAUCAUGAACUCUCUCUUCACAAAGCAGACUCAAGAGAGCAUUCAGCGCUUUGAGCAGCAGGCAGGGCUGAGAGAUGCUGGCUACACUCCCCACAAAGGCCUCAUGACAGAGGAGACAAAGUAUCAUCGAGUGGCUGAGGCAGUCCAUAAGUUAAAAAUGCAGAGUGGAGAGAUGACAAAAGAAGAUAAACAGACUUCCUCUGCUCAGUCCACUCCAAGCAGCACUCCCCACUCUUCUCCCAAGCACAAAACGAGGGGUUGGUUUAGUCAGGGAGCCUCUGUUUCUAUCGCUGGCCCUGACUUUGUUGCCAUAGAAGCUGGUGGGGACAGAUUGCCAUCUGAAAAAUGGAGCUUUUUUGGACCCAAAGCUAUCCAGAAAUCCACCAAUGAUCCAGGAGCAUUUACCAUCCAGUCCUAUAAGGGUGCCCAGAAGCCAUCUCCAAUGGAGCUGAUGCGUGCCCAGGCUACUAGGAUGCCAGACGAUCCAGUGACCUUCAAGCCACCCAAAAUGGACGUUCCAGUCACAGAAGGGAGGAAACGAUCUCCACGUUCCCAUAAUAUCAAACCUCGGGAUCUGAAUGUCCUCACUCCAACAGGGUUCUAAGGAUGCUACUAGUGUCUUUAGUGGAUUAAAGAGUGUGUCUUAGGCUAGCCUUCCCUCUCCCAUUGUGCUGCAGUAAAAUAGGAAAGUCUCUCUUCCAGCUCUUCAUCUCAGUAAAGGAAAUGGCUGUCACCGUUCUUCUAAAGUCAACCCUGAAUCAGUCUUUGAGAAACACCUGUGCUAGUACCCAUGUAAACCAUCCUGUCUGCUAGGCUGCACUGGGAGACAUGCUUCCCAGUACAGUACGCUGGAGUAAAACCUUGAACCAUGUUAUGUGGGAGGGGACUGCCUUGUGGUGUGCAAGUAGACUGGCUUGUCUACCUGUAGUCUAGUUAUCUUGUCCUGCUCAGUGCUGAAGUAUCCUCAGGAGGACCAUAGUUCUGACUGGCACGCGUGCAACACCAGCAGAAAACGAAGCAAACACAAGCCAGGAGUAAAAUGGACCAUUAACUGACUGAAAGAACUUACUCUGGGAACGUGGUAGGCCAACUUUAAAUAUGGAGUUUCCUUACUUUCCAGUGUCACCUUAUGAUAGUUCAACACUUAGUGCUUAUUUAUUUGUUCUUGGAUUUUUUUUUAAAGGAAAAGCAGAGCAGUGACCAUUACUAGAAAGGCAAGGAGCAGAACCUAGUGGAUUUGGUAGUAAAGAGGAAGAACAAGUGCUUCUCUUCUAACUCUUAAAGCUCCUCCAAAAAAUGGUGGAAAUGACCAGAGUUGGUAUGGCUUGAACCAAGUAACUCCUUCUUCCUUUCUGGAUUCCUACAAAACAACACUGUCCUGCUUCCCUGUAUAGAGCAGACUUAACAGUAGUUUUGACGCUCUCAGUGCUUCUUGAUUGUUUCUUAGCAUCUUGUAGGAAUCGUGUGUAGAAGUGUAUUAGACGCACCAGUGGCACUUCUCAAAUAGGGCCUUUUGUUUCAUCAGCAUUAGAUGCAGUUUGCCAGCCUGGGCAGGAGUGAGGGGCAGAUUAAGGCUAAACAUUCCUCCAUGCUAUAUUGAUAGAGCUAUAUAUAAUUUUUUUUGGCUUAGUCUUGCAAACAAUUGCUGGAACAGCUACCACUUGCUAUUCCUUUCCUGAAAAUUGGGAAAGAAACUCUUAUUAUGUACCAUCUAAUCCCUUGAGCAGUGUAGGGAGGGAUGGGUAUGAUCUCUGCCUGCCUGUGGCAAGCAGGUCUCCUCUGUUUUUUGAUCCCAUUAUUGUGUUAGGCAGCGCUUUCAGCCAGCUGCAGGCUUCCUGUAGCAGUGAGGGGGCAGCCUUGCAUCUGGCAUUAGAAGCUUUUAUGUUACAAGCACGUUCUACCGAGGUAGCUUAACUCGUGGUAACCACUGAACUCUGGGGUUACUGCCUGCUCGAAACAAGCAUUCCUGCCUGGGGCAAGUGGUCAAGGUACUUGGCUAGCUGGUAUCCCCCUCUGAAGAAGCAUAUUUUGGCACUGCUGUUGAAGCUUGAGAUGAAGCAGUCACAACAGUGUAUUGUGUGGAAAGCCUCCCACCCAACCAAGCAGUUGUCAUUGUCGCCAAUCACUCACACCUUUGCAAAUGGAGAAUCUCUGGUUUGACAUUAAUUUAUUUGUGGUCUUUAUUCAUGUCUGUGUCCAAUUUUGUUUGUUACAAGAAAAUAAAAUCCUUGGGAAUGGA